AUGGCAUCGGCUCACAGAAUCCAUAUCAGCCCCGAGGACACCGGCCUGUGGGGGGUCAAGCAGACGGACGGGGUCGCGAAGAAGGUCACCGAGCUCCUGCAGAAAGACCUGGACGUGUUCCAUGUCUACUUCAACGACCGAGGCUUCCAUAACCACAUAGUCCACCACCUCCUGGCCCUCUACGGCACCGGCGCCGACGCGGAGGCCAUCCAGCAUGGCUUCGAUGGCAACACGGGCUACCAGCUGCCGGCGAAGCCCACCCACAAGGACGUCGUCGAGGACCUCCAGACGUGGUCGCAUGCGAGCAAGUACCUCGGGAGGGGCCAGCACUACCCGGACUUCCUUGCCUUCUUUCAGCGCGAGAUCGAGCAGAAGGGCUGGGAGGCCGUCGUGACCGAGUAUCUCUUGUCAGGCAGCGAGGCCGCCGAAGACCUCUUCGUGCGCCUCUACGCCGGCGUCCUCCACCCGCUCAUCCAGCUAAUGUACGCGAUGGAGUGGGCCCAGCCCGCCAUCGUGGCCGAGGCGCUGGCGCAGACGUGCGUGCACCACGACAACCUCAAGAAGGAGCUCUUCGCCGCCGAGAACAUGGCCAACGAGGCGCACGGCAGGGCGCCCGCGGCCAGGAUGCCGAGCAUCGCGUCGCUGCUGAGGGAGGUGCGCGACCAGCCGAAGCUGGGGAAGGAGCUGGCGAACGAGGCCAGGUAUAAUCUCCACGACACCAUCUUCAAGCGUGCUGGGGACGAGAUGCUUGAGAUACUGAGCAAGGUCAAGGUGAGGCCUGACGAGGUGGAGGAGAGGACGGCCGAGAUGUUCGACGCGAAUAUGUUCAUGGCUGCCGGUGCUUCAUUUCGUCCAAACAAGGUCAACAAGUUCGAUUUCUUCCUCAUAGAAGGGAGGACUGACAGUCUGCGUAUGGCCAGCCACCACCCGAACUCAGCCCCCAUAUCUGUGACCUUCAACUCCCAGUCAUGGAUACCGGCCGAGACCAAGGCCCGCUUGUUGGAGUGGAAGAUCCGAUAUGAUCUGUUGGAGUAUGCUGCCGGAGGCGUCCCCGAGCUGUCUCUAGACCAGAUCAAGGCAUACCAGCCCAAGAAUCAAGGCACUGCCUCCAUAGCUGAGAUCGCAUCAAAGAUCGCGCUGAUUCCCGACGACGGCCAUGCCAUCAAGCUGGCGAGGGCGGCAGGGAUAUGCCAGGAGGUAACGAAGAAGUACCAGGACAAAGACUGGGUGCUAAUCAAGGGGGACGACAUGUGGGCCAAGAUCAACCACAUGAUUCUCGACUCGCUGCAGUCGCCUGGCGGGUACUGGGUGAGAGGCGGGGGCGCUCAUGAGCUCUGA